AUGUAUUAAAAAUGGAGUUAUUUUAUAAUUUAAUGUAUUGGAAAAAUAACUUCAUUUUAGAAAUAAGAUUUAAUUGAUGACUAAAAAAUCACCAAAAAUCAAGUGAAAAUUAAUCAUUUUAAAUGGAAAGGAAAAGAAGGUAAAGAGAAAUAGAAAAUUGGUAAAUGGGAAGUAUAUUGGAAAAAUAAAGUAUAAAAAAUAGGAGGAUAUUAUGAUAAUUAAGGUCUAAAGUAAGGAUUGUGGUAGGAAGAGUAUGAAAAUUUCUGGGAGUACUUUAUUUUAUAAAUAUGAAGUUAUGCUUAAAUUGUUUACGUUGGAAUUUAUCAUAAUGGAAUAUAAAGAAAUAGAUGGGAUACUAUUAUGAAUAAUAAUUUUAUGUAAUUAUUUAUAAUCAAAAUGUAGUGGAGGGGGUAAUUAUGAUCAUAAUGGCAAAAAGACAGGCAAGUGGGUUGAAUUACAUUUAAAUUACUUUAAACAGAAUUAUGCUUAUUGCGAUGCCACUUAUGAAGGAGAGUAUUUAGAAGGGGGAAAAUAAGGAUAUUGGUAAACAUUUCUCUCAAAAAAAAUUAUGUAAUUUAUUAAUAUAAUUUUAGUGGAGGAGGUUUUUAUAAUCAGGAUGGAUAAAAGGAUGGUUUUUGGAUUGAAUUGAAUGAUAACUUUUCUUUGUAUUUAAUAGAAAUUAUAAAUAGUGGUAAUUAAGUUAUUUACAAGGGCAACUAUAAGAAUGGUUUACAAAUAGGAAUAUGGGAAAUUGUAAAAGUUUAUGACGGAAAACAAAUAUAUAUGUAAAAUAUAAAAAAUAGUAAAGUGGGGGAGGUUCUUUUGAUGAUAAUGGAAAGAAAAAUGGUAGAUGGGUUGAUUUAGCAAUAGAUUGGUUGAAGUAUAUUAUAAAAUGCAUUGGAUAGUGGUAACAAGGAAAUCUUUUAUAUUGGUGAUUAUAAGAAUGGAUAGAAAAUAGGGUAAUGGAAUAUUCAUAAUUGGUAUAACAAAUCCAUGUAUUAUUUACAUCAUAAACUUUUAAGUGGUGGUGGAGAAUUUUAAGAAGGAGUGAAGAAUGGAUAAUGGAUUGAACUGCAUGAUAAUUGGCAUUAAAAGUUCUUAUUCUUUUUUAUUUAGGUGGCCAUAAAUAUCUUAUCAUGGUAGUUAUUAAAAUGGAAAAAAAAAUGGAAAAUGGGAUACUUAUGAUAAUUAUAAUGGAACAGAUAAAUAUAUGUUAAAUUUUAAUAUUAUAAGAAGUGGUGGUGGGUAAUUUUAAGGAGGAAUUAAAGAUGGAAUAUGGAUAGAUGUGCAUGAUGAUUGGCGUCCAGGGUAUUUAAUAAAUUUAAUUAAUAGUUGGAGAUAAAUCAUUUAUCAUGGUGAGUAUUAGAUGGGCAAAAAAAUUGGAACAUGGAAAAUCUUAGAGAACUCAGAUAAAUAAAUGUAAAAAUUUAGAAUAUCAUAAAUUUUAAAGUGGUGGUGGAGAUUAUAAUGAAUAUGGAAUGAAGAAUGGUAAAUGGUUUGAACCUGAUGAAAAAUGGGAUAAAAAGUAUUUUAAUAAUUAUAAAAUCAAUAGAAAUUUGGAAUUCAUUUAUGAAGGUGAAUAUAAGAAUGGUUUAAAAAUCGGUUAAUGGAAUCGUAUAGAUAAUUUGAAUGGAAUAAAUAAUAGUUUAUAUGAACAUUAUAGCGAUGAUGGAUUCUUAAUAGAAAAUGAAUUAUGA